UUCUUCGAGUCCACCACCACUGCCCCUCCUCUCACUGUUGUCCUCCCAUACACCACCGUCUCGGUCGUCUUCAUCUACAAUGUUGCAGUGAAGGAUUUCAAGCGUGGUUUUGUUGCAUCCAACUCAAAGGAUGAUCCAGCCAAGGAAGCUGCAAAUUUCACCUCCCAGGUUAUUAUUAUGAAUCACCCAGGUCAGAUUGGUAAUGGGUAUGCUCCAGUUCUUGACUGCCACACCUCCCACAUUGCUGUCAAGUUUGCUGAGAUUGAUCGUCGAUCUGGCAAGGAGAUUGAGAAGGAGCCCAAGUUCUUCCGUGAACAUACUCUCCUUCCUUUUACUCUUGGAGUGAGGCAGAUGAUUUGCUGCUGUAACAAGAUGGAUGCUACCACUCCUAAGUACUCAAAAGCAAGGUAUGAUGAAAUUGUGCAGGAAGUCUCUUCCUAUCUGAAGAAGGUUGGUUACAACCUUGACAAAAUUCCUUUUGUCCCCAUCUCUGGUUUUGAGGGUGACAACAUGAUUGAGAGGUCCACGAACCUCGAUAUGAUUACACAGCCCAAGAGGCCAUCAGACAAGCCUCCUCUUCUCCACAUUCUUGAUAACACCAACAGCAACAGUUUGACGCAUUUAUUAGAAAAAAGGUCCAAAGGCAGCUCCUGUCAAAGCUGAUGCUCAGCAGGCUGUACCACCUAUUGAAGUGCCAGCACUAUCCUUGCACAUGGGGGGCACCCACUCAUUUCUUUAUUGUUUUCUUUUACUCACCCAUGUGACCCACGAUGCAACCUAUACUUUUUCUUUUCUUUACACUCUUGUUCCCCACUUUCUUUAUUAUAUAUAUAUAUAUAUAUAUCUCUUUUUAUUAUAUUAUAUUAAAAAAAAAAAAAA